CACCAUAAAUAUCAACCCUCCCCUCCUUUACCAUUUUCAAGAAUCUCACAAAUCGAAGUAUGGUUUCUCUCAAGUUUUACCCAUAGAGCAAGACGUUGUUCUUCUACCGAUCUCAAUUCUCGACACUUUUUGUUGCUCAAUCUACCAAAAAUGGGUUUAACCAACAUCUCAACCCCCACCACAACCCCUGAUACUGACAAUGAUACCCCACCACAUACCCAACCUAUUAGGUCCUUUUCCUUCACCAACGGCUCAUCCAAGUACCACCACCGCCAACCACCUCCUCAGACGGCGGUGGCUUACCGAGAAUGUCUCAAAAACCAUGCAGCCAACAUUGGUGGCCAUGCUCUGGACGGGUGUGGAGAGUUCAUGCCUUGUCCUACCGCCACCGCCGCCGACCCCACCUCGCUAAACUGCGCCGCCUGUGGUUGCCACCGCAACUUCCACCGUCGCGAGGUGGAGUACUCCCCUUUCAUCACCACCACCGCGGCUCCACAUUUUCUCGACUUCCGCCAACACCGAAGGUCCUCUUCUUCCCCCUCUCCACCGCCGCAACAACCACCAACUCUCUCUUAUCCACCAACCCAGAUGCUUCUUGCCCUCAGCACCGCCGCGCACGACGAUCAGCAGGUCCCAAACCACCAUCAGGUGGCAACACCGGUAACCCCAAGGGAGACAAAGGCGGCGGCCGAGAACCUCAGCGGCCGAAAGCGGUUCAGAACGAAAUUCAGCCAAGAACAGAAGGAGAAAAUGCACUCUUUUGCUGAGAAGAUGGGGUGGAAAAUGCAGAAAUGCGAUGACAAUAUGGUCCAGAAUUUCUGCAAUGAGAUCGGGGUCGCCAGAGGAGUCCUCAAAGUUUGGAUGCAUAACAACAAAAAUACAGUUGGCCGCAGAGAUAUUAGCAGCACCAUUACCAUCACCAACCCUGCCGCCGCCACCGCCAAUAUCACGGAAGAGGACAAGAGCAACAGUAAUAACAUCCGCCACCAUGGUGGAAUUGGAGGCAGCCCGGAAAAUGGCGGGUACAACAUCAACAACAGCUGCAUCAACAAUGAUGAGGAGGAGAAUAGUGAGAGUCAUUACUGUAACAACGAGAGUGGCCAUGCUAAUCUUGAUCUUGAUCUUGAUCUUGAUCAUAACAAUACCAAUGGCAGUUCUUCUUCAUCUUGAUCGCUAUGGGAAGUAAGAAGAUGGAAGAAGCUUUUUGAGAAAAAAAAAAAUAGGUCGUUUGAUUAGGGAGUAGUCUUCUUGUACUACUAAUGAUUAUUAAGGUUAAUCAAUCAACCGCACAA